AUGUCAGUUACAACCCUCAACAUUCUGGGAAUAAGCAAAGUUGUCUUCCCUCCUAUUUACAUCCUGCCCCUCAGUGUGCCAUGGGUCAAAAUCUAUUGCAUCAUGAACUUGCUGAAUCUCCAUUUGAUCGUCGCAGUGAUGUUCGCGGCGGUUGUUCAUCUCAGCCAUGCAGUACCGGUCCUCAGUGGUGCUGGGGAACUGUCCGAAACUUCAGGAGAAGGGUUUCCAGAGAUCUCUAGUGCCUCAGAUUUAACUAUCAACUGGCAUGCCAUUGCAAAGAAGUUGCACCAUGACGUCCGCACACUGAAGAAUGAACAGUUCGAGAGGGAUCUUGUGAAUAUCACGUCCUUGGCGGUUAACAGUGACUUCACUCCCCUCAUCAAGGCAAGCGAUGGUUGCCUCUCAAAGAGUUUCAGCGCACAAAAAUGUUUACAGAGGAUUUACAGCGGUUUACAAGAGUACGUGGUAUAUAUGAACUACGUAGAACGAGAGAACCUCACAGAAACCCUGGUCAACGACGUCAAAGUCCGGACUAAUAACUUACUACAAAUAAUUAAAAACAAGCUGAAGGACUCCCCACAGACACAGCUAUCACAGAUUGAGUUGCCUGAUGGCUCAGCGUGGACUCGGAAAACCACAGUGCACUCAGUCCUUUCCAACUUCGCAACCUUCCUGACUGACACAAGUCGGGCCAUUCACUUUAUGAACAGGAACUCGGCGAAUGAAAGCUUUUUGGACAAGAGGCACAAAGGGAGGGCCAAUAACCAGCAGUCAGCCAAACAUCAACUUGACCAUAUGUGA